AUGAACCCCCACCAAAAGAACAAGGUCGAUAUCAAUUCACUCUCACCAGAUGAGCAGCGCCUCUUCCGACUCUAUGGAAAGCUUCCUUCGAAAUCAGAUCACCUCGCGAAAAUUUUGAAAGAAAGGAAGUACUUCGAUUCCGGCGACUACGCACUCUCGAAAGCCGGCAAGGCCUCCGAAGUCGACACCGGCAGCGUUGGCUCCCAACACCCUGUUCCCGAGAACAUCCCACAUCUCUCCUCUCCCGGAGUUGGCAGUGCGAGCCAGGGCGGCAGCGGAAACGGCAAUGUCAUGCAUGUUGGAGUAGCAGGUGGGCUGCCGAGCGGAAGCCCAGUGAAGGAGAGCAGCUUCUUGAACAGAGAGACAAAUGCCGAUGAGCUCGAUGACAAGAAGGGCGAGAGAGCUGUUGAUAGCACCAGCCCACCACCAGCGAAGGAAGGUAUCCCGAUCAGGAGAUAG